UGAAUCUGUAGAUAAAUUUCGGAAGUAUUGCCAUUUUAACAAUAUUAAAUCUUUUAUCCAUGAGUACUGGGAUAUUUUUUCAUUUAUUUAGGUCUCCUUUAAUUUUUUUCAACAAUGUUUUGUAGUUUUCAUGUACAAAUCUUAUACCUACUCGGCUAAAUUUCUUCCUAAGUAUUUCAUUGGUUCUGAUGCUAUAGUAAAUAGAACUGUUUGUUCAAUUUCAUUUUCAGAUUGUUGAUUGCAAGUGAAUAGACAUAAAACUGAUUUUUGUAUAUUGGGCUUAUAUCCUGCAACUUUGCUAAACUUAAUUAGUUCUAAUAAUUUUUAGUGGAUAAUUUUCCAUAUGUUUACAAGUCUCCCUUAAAAGUAUUGUUUACCUUUUGGUAACUGGCACUUCAGUACUGCCUCUUCCUACCUCCUCUUCUUUCUCCUUCCCAACCUCCCCAUGUGCCCUGAAAGAGACCUACAGGCAUGUAUAAAUGGAUUCUCCUCACCUUGUUGGAAUUGACCUUGUGUAGUGUACUGAAUUUGGAAUAGAAUCCAAUGAGUAAAUUCUUAAACAGGUAUCUUGAGAACAGUUUAGUAUUUUCAAAAGUGACGUUAGUAUUUUCAAAAGUAUGAGUCUGAUAAGUAGAGGAAAGAUGUUCUUAAAGUUUUUAUUAGCAGUGGUCUUUGCCAGAAAUUUAAGAAAUGUAAAAUAAAACAAGUAUAAGGAGCCACUCAUCCAAAAGAGCAAAAAUAAAAGUGAUAAAAUCCAACAUUGGCAGGGUUAUGAAGAGAUAGUCAUGUCCAUAUAUUGCUGGUGACACUAGGUUAGUUCAAUCAUUUGUAUGGUAAGAACCAUAAAAAUGAGUCUAUUCACCUAGUUCUACACUAAGGAUAUGACUCAAAAAUUAAAAACUAUUUGUAUGAAAUCUUUUUAGCUGUGAUAUAAGCUAUUUAUUUAAAAAAAUUAAAAAAAAGCAAAAGCCCCAAAUCCAAUAAUUGGAAGCCAGUGAAGCAAAUCAUUAUAUUUAUAUAAUGAUGGACCAUUAUAUUAAAACAAAGCAUCAUUAAUAUGUGCACUGUGUAGAUUCAAGGAAGAUUAGAGAUGAAAUAAGUGGAAAAAACCUUAAAAUACUGAGAACAUUGACAACUAAAAAUAGUUUACAUAAGGAAAAAGAAAAUUUAUCAAAGUUAUAUUAACAGUUUAUAUUUCAAUGCAACUUUGCUUGAAUGUACACUUGAAGAAAUAAAUAAAUGUAUAGUAUAUUUGCCACCAAACAUGCAGACUUUUCUUACUUAGUAGUUCACUCUUUUGGAUCUAAAUAUCUUGAGGAGAUUUUGACUUUGUGUUGCUGGGCCACAUGUAAUGUAUAAACUCUGUUCAUUGUCCUCAAGAACCUGAAGGACAAGCUUGUCUUGAACUCUCACAUAUUACAACUCCUCAUUUUGAUAGUUAACAGGUUCUAUUAAAAUUUCCCCCAUGGCAAGAAUUGGCAAUUGCCGCAAUAGACUUGGAAACCAAGUUUCAUCAAAGGGAGCCCAGGGCCAGGGUGACCUCUGAGGCUAGCACUGUGGGGACAGCUAGAGAGCAAGAGGAAGAGGCCUUGGUUGCCAGAAGGAGCCAGAGAAGGAACUCCAGGGAGUGACUGCACCCACUCUAUACGGUGCUUGAAUCCUUGUUUAAUAAUAGCUCUGGGGAGGGUUUCUGCUUGGACUUUUCCAGGGAUGGGGAACACACUAUCUCCCAGAACGAACUAUUCCAUUUGGACAGCUUCCUUUUGUCUAGCUCAAGACCUGCCUCCCUUUACUUUCCCCCUGCCGAUCCUAUUUCUGAAUGAUCUUUGAGGUCAGAGAUAGAACAAGUCUUAUCCACAAGGACACCUUUUAAAGGCAGUUUUAAUACCUUCCAAGUUGCCAGGUCUCCAGGUUGAGCCUUCUCAGUGCUUCCGACCAUUCCUCGUUUAGUUGGUUUCCAUCCCUUUCCUGGUCCCGGUGCUGAUCCCUGGCUGUACCACCGUUUGCCGUUGUUGCUUUUAUAGUGCGCUGCCUGGAACAGAAUACGAUGCAUGGCCAAACCGAACUGUGCUGUACUAUAAAUCAUCCACCGGGGGUCUGUCUCGUCCUAGUGCAACCUAGAAUUGCACUAGUUUAUUUGGUAUCUGUUAUGAUAUCAUUGACUUCUGUUGCGCUUAUUAUCAACUAAUGCCCAUACAGAGCUUUUUUUUUUUUUUUCCCCUUUGCAACGUUCAUGCAGUUGCCAAGCCACGUCUUCCACAUCCUGUCAUUGCUUCUUGGACUUUAGAUUUAUAGAUGUCAGCUUCUUUUUCAGAGCAAUUUUCUUAGCAAUAAUCCGCUGUGGGUUAACUUCAGUUUUUAUACCCAACAUAAAGAGGCCUCUUUAUAGUGUUUGAAGUAAGUUGAGCAUGUGUAUCAAGUAAGUGGUUUCUUGGUUGAUGGGGAGGGAUCGGGGAACUUGGCAGGCCCUGCUACUGUCCUUUCUCCCUUAAUAAUAUGCAGGAUUCACUUGGAAGGCUGUGUUCCUCAGACAUUUUUGGUAUGUUGGACGGAACUAAAAAUUAACUGUUGUUUGCAUAAAUAAGUACAUUCAUUGGUUCUUGGAAUAUUACAGCUAGAGAGUUGCUGAGAGAGUUUAGUUCACCCCUCCCCUUUUUGUACAUUUGAAAACAGACCCUAGACAAAUAAGGAGAAUUGUUCCAAGUUACUAAGCAAACGGGUGAUAGAGGCAGUCUUAGAACCCAGGCCUUCUGACGUACAUAGAAACUGAGCUUAUUAACUUUUGCAUGAAUAGCAGCUUUCAACUACUUCUUAAUUUUUUCCCCUGGCCCCUUUAUGAGCUUAAGUGUCCGAGAGCCCGAUGACUUUCUUGAACUCCUCCAGCAUCUACCAUGUCCACACAGAGACUUCGGAACGAGGACUACCCCGACUACAGCUCCACCGACGUGAGCCCCGAGGAGAGCCCGUCUGAAGGCGUGAACAAUUUCUCUUCCUCCGGCUCCUACCAGCGGUUCGGGGAAAGCAGCAGCACGACAUGGUUCCAGACCUUGAUCCACCUGUUAAAAGGCAACAUCGGCACAGGACUCCUGGGGCUGCCCCUGGCAGUGAAAAAUGCAGGCAUCUUGAUGGGUCCCCUCAGCCUGCUGGUGAUAGGCAUCGUGGCCGUGCACUGCAUGGGCAUCCUGGUGAAAUGUGCUCACCACUUCUGCCGAAGACUGAAUAAGCCCUUUGUGGACUAUGGGGAGACAGUGAUGUACGGACUGGAAUCCAGCCCCAGCUCCUGGCUCCGGAACCACGCACACUGGGGAAGGCACAUCGUGGACUUCUUCCUGAUUGUCACGCAGCUGGGAUUCUGCUGUGUCUAUUUUGUCUUUCUGGCUGACAACUUUAAACAGGUUAUAGAAGCGGCCAAUGGGACCACCAACAACUGCAACAACAACGAGACGGUGAUUCUGGCGCCCACCAUGGACUCGAGACUCUACAUGCUCACCUUCCUGCCCUUCCUGGUGCUGCUGGUCUUUGUCAGGAACCUCAGGGUCCUGUCCAUCUUCUCCCUGUUGGCCAACAUCAGCAUGCUGGUCAGCCUGGUCAUGAUCUAUCAGUUCAUUGUCCAGAGGAUUCCAAACCCCAGCCGCCUCCCCUUGGUGGCAUCCUGGAAGACCUACCCUCUGUUCUUUGGCACGGCCAUUUUUGCAUUCGAAGGCAUCGGGAUGGUUCUGCCUCUUGAGAACAAAAUGAAGGAUCCUCGGAAAUUUCCAGUCAUCCUGUAUGCGGGAAUGGCCAUCAUCACAGCCCUCUACAUCAGCCUGGGGUGUCUGGGGUACCUGCAAUUUGGCACUGAUAUCCAAGGCAGCAUAACCCUCAACCUGCCCAACUGCUGGCUGUACCAGUCAGUGAAACUGCUGUACUCCAUCGGCAUCUUCUUCACCUACGCCCUCCAGUUCUACGUCCCGGCCGAGAUCAUCAUUCCCUUCUUCGUGGCCCGCGUGCCUGAGCAUUGGGGGCUCGUGGUCGACCUGUCCGUGCGGACCAUGCUGGUCGGCCUGACGUGCGUCUUGGCCAUCCUCAUCCCCCGCCUGGACCUGGUCAUCUCCCUAGUGGGCUCCGUGAGCAGCAGUGCCCUGGCCCUCAUCAUCCCGCCCCUCCUGGAGAUCACCACCUACUACUCGGAGGGCAUGAACCCGCUCACCAUCGCCAAGGACGCCCUGAUCAGCACCCUGGGCUUCGUGGGCUUUGUGGUGGGGACGUAUCAGGCUCUCUCGGAGCUGAUCCAGCCAAGCAAUGCUCCCAUUUUCAUCAACUCCACCAGUGACCUUGCAUAGCCGUCUGGGUGCCAUCCUGCACCUACCUCCCCACCCCUGUGUGUUCCCUAGCACCUGGCCCCAGAGCCUCAGGAAGGGUCAGGCUCUGGGGGAAAACAAGGUUGCCAUCUGGGAACCCCUCUACCUGGCACUUAGGUACCCUGAGCCAGGUAGGACUGAGGGCAGUGGGGACAGUGGGUGCAGAUACGCAGGAGGUACUUUUAGUGGCAGUACUGUCAUUGUUCAUUUGUACUUAUUUUAAGCCAGAACUUUUUAACUCUUUUCCCUCAUCAUGCCUCUUUUAUCAUCUGCCUUCUUACUUCUGACCCACCUCCCCAAAAUUAUUCCUGUUGCACAGCUCACUUUAUUUAAAAAUUUUAGCAUCUUCCCCAUCAUGUUUUCUCCUUUCCUGAUCCAGGCCUAGAUUAAAUAAGUGGGACAUCUCCCUCUUUAUAAAGCCAGACCUAUCUCUUUCUCAUGUCGCUCCCAAAUAUUUUACCUCAAUAUUCUACCUAUUUAAGUCUCCAGCAGGUGUCUGGAUCUACCUACUAGUUUAAAACCAGCCCCCAAAGCUGGAGUUUUUAAUCUUGAUUCUCUCUGGCUUGCUGUGACCCUCGGCAAUACCUCUCCUUUCCGAAUUCCUCGUGUGGGUCACAAUACUGUAUUGUUAGUUGCUUUAGCUCCUGAAAGAUAUCGUGUUGCCUCAAUUGAAAAUAUUUAUAUUUAAUUUAAAAUUAGCUUUUGUUUUUAGACUUAUCUCUAGAUCUGGGGUUCUUGUGAAUUGUUCCUUCCUUAGUAAACUUGUAUUUUGCUUCUCCUGCUGAAAAGAAACUUGCUCCAGAAAAUGUCUGCUUAGGUCCUCAGCUCUCCUGGCUGAGUACGCCAAAGGUUUUAAUCAGGAUCAUGUAAGUGUGUCGCUCUGCGGGGAGGCAUGGACUUUGCCUCCCGUCGACCAGCCUGAUUUCAUAUUGAGAAGAUAUGAAGGACUCAGGAAGUAUUUGCCAGUGCACUAGGUUGAGGGAAAGGAGAGCCGAGUGGGGUAUGUUUGUGCCCACGGGAGGCUUAUCAGAUGGUUGCUGUGUGCAUUCAGGCCUGCGUGCCAGCCUCAGCCCCUGACAUGCAAACAGCACGUUCAGUUGCCUCAUGCCAGGAAGACACCCACGCUGUUGCCAGAGGUGCGACAAUGAGGUCAGUGUGCACAAGUGAGAAAUGAAGAGAAUUUGUAGCAGCUGGUCUGACACUAAGUAUGGUGCUUGGUUGUUUACAAUCAACGGGGGAUGGGGCAGAAACAGGGCCCUGUCCCCGCUCCUCCACGACCUCCAGGACUCUAAAGGAACCACUUGGUUGGGAUUUCGGUCCCUUGUGUUUUAAACACUAAUCGUGAUCCCUACCGCCACCCCACCCCCUGUCUCCCUGAGGGUCAGAAAUAGCUUCAGGGUCGGCUCACCUCAUGGUCAGCCUUCAGAUUUGGGAACAAACUGCAGAGAAGGCGGAGGAAGGUACAUCGCCUUGCUUUUGGCUUCCCCUUCUGCCCUCUCGGUGUGAGGAGUAUUUCGGACCGGCAUUCAUUAACUCUCCAUCUCUCGAGCUCUGUGUGUGUGUGUUCAUACAUAUGUGGUAGGGUCCUGCUGGCCCCCACUCCUUCACUAGGCUCUUGCUUACCUGGAGCUCAGGUUCAUCCCACAAGUUGGGAGAGCAGCACAGUUUUAUCAGGGGUUUUGCUCUUGUGUCACCACAGCUCAUAAGGGCUGUGACCCACCUCCGCAGCCCCAGCUUUGUCUUCGUUUUCUGUUCCAAAGCCAAACUCGCUGCAGGGACUCCUAAGCUACCUAACCAUUGAUUAACUUAGGAAGAGUAAUCAGUGGUGACUUGGUCUCCCUUAGGGGAAUGACUCGCUUUCUGCUCUUUGGUGGUCACUGAGAGGUGCUUAUAUGACCAAGAUUCUAGCUGGAGGUGGCAUCGGCCCUGCCCUCUGACGCCUCAGCCUUAAAGUUACCAAAGUGGGUUGAGGAACUAUUAUCUCUUGUUUGCAAGCCUGGGCUCCGGCAGCCUUUGCACAGCGGUCCUGAGAGUUGUGUGCAGUGGGAAGGUGCGUGCCGAUAGGAGGGGGUCAGACAUGUGUCCUGCCUGCAGCUUCUGUGGUGGAGGCUUCUGCGCACGCAGGGAGCUGCUAGAGGCAGUACUGUCUGGUGGGCGGUGACAUGGGGGCGGUGAUGCCGGGACAGCGCAAUACUGAGGUCCUCUGGCCCCGGGUCUUAGCAAAUACAGGCUAUUGCUUCGGGGUCCCUGGUCCAGAGAAUGGGGUGUACAGGAGAGACGGCUCUGGCUCUGGGGCUUGUGGCAGCUAAUUUGACAUGACCUUCAGCCUGUUUGAUCUCGUUCCUGUGUGCCUGCCUGCACUUUGAAAGGCUGAUCGCAUGGCUGCUUCAGGAGACCCAGGCCAGGCGGACCCAGGCAGUGGACCUUCCUGGUUGUGCAGUUGCACCGCAAUUAGGUGUAGAAUGAAGGGUUAGCCAGAGGCGGGAGAGGGAGGAAGCCCUGCCUUCUCCUCCAGAAGCAGCCCUCUGGGCCAGCUCAGGGAAACUCCCUCUUCUGCUGCCCUGCAGUCGGGGCGCCCUCCCUGGUUUCUUCCCAUCACUGGUCAGGAGCCGGCUGCCCUGCCUCUCCGUGUGCACUGCUCCGCUCCCUGGUGAAAAAGCCACAGCAUAAGUAGGAGUGUGAUCAGGAGCAAAGGCUUUCUAGAAUGUGAGCCUGCAUCUGCCAAAGCAAAGGCAAACCAUGGUUUUCUGGCCCAGGACUGUUAGGCUCUGUGUCCCUCCUCCAGGCCCCCCACUGCAGCCCCAGAUUUCCAUUAGCUCCGAAGUAGCUGCUCAGAGCCCCAUGUUGUCUCCUGCAAGCGCUGCUGUUGGGAGCAGGUACACUCCAUCGGCAGUGUACCUCCCCUGAAAUGCAGGUGCUUUCCUGGAAGAGCAUUACCUGGCGUCUUCUAUUCAGUUUGCCUAGAAGUUGUCAGCUUUCACAAGUGGUAUUAUUUAUAUUGUGCUGCUGUCCAGCUGCUAGGAGUCCUUCAUCUGCACAAACCCUGGCCGGUACAUGUGAAUGUGGGACAGGUCUUAGCUUAGAACCUGCAGCUUGUGCCCUCCCUUUCUAUCAUUCACCUCCCCAGCCGGAUUCAUUGGCUGGUGCUCUCUACUCACUCUCUACCCCCAUGAAAGGUACAAUUUGCCAUUUCAGCAGUUGUCGUAAAGUGAUGGUCCCAAAUGUGUGUUAGAAAAAUCUUCCCCACCUCCCUGUUCUCCUGUUACUUUUCUUUCCUCCAGUUUCUCCCUUCGGAGAUUGUAGAAUAUCACCUCUGUUUAACACUACAUGUUUGCCUUAUGGUUUUUGGAAGUGCACAAAUCUCAGUUUAUGUCUGUUUACAGCUUUCUCUAUUCACACCUCACAGCAAGGGGGUCUGCAUCAGUGCAGCGGUCUGUAUUGUAGCUGAGCAAGGGUUACAGUGGGAGCUGCUUCUCCCAGUGGAGACACAAAGGACAUGUGCCACAACUUAGUGAUUCGGGAGUCGGCUCCAAGGCUGCCUGAGGAUUAAAUUUUCCAAAGUACGUUGCACAUCUCCAAGACCCUUAGGGGAAAAGGAGACGGUGUGGUUUGUCUUUGAAAUUAUGGUUGGUACUUUUAGGCAGUUAAUCCUGCUGGUUGCAAGGCUAUUUGCUCUGGCAGCAUCAGCCUGUUGCGUUUCUCCUCUGUCCUUUGUGUCACUGGGUCAUUCCCUGGCCAGGGGACAUACACGGUGCUGACAACAUGUUACCAGAGUGGGGAGGGGAGUGGGAAAUGAGGGUGAAGGGUGCCUGUCAUAAGCCGUGUUCUUUUGUUUAAAUCCAGGUGACGCUGGGGAAGCUAUUUUGUUGUAGUGAAGGAUAAAAUUAUGUGACUCUCUUGUAAAAUGUGUCAGCGGAUGUGUGAAUAAGAGGAAUAUGAAAAACUACCGUCCCGCAGGUCUUGAUGCCCAGACAGUACUGUGUACAUGUGUGUGCCUGUAUGAAUGUAUAUUCCCACAUGGCAUGUGUAGGGACGUGGAUCAUGCCGGAGCUCACGGAACAUCUUUUUUUGGGUUCUGCACACAGAUCAUGUGUUAAACUUUUCCUUUUCAAUAAAUGAAUUUUAUUUUUUAUUUUUGAA